UUAAAUAUAUAAAACUGUAUGUUUCUAUCAAGAUUUUAUUAUUUUUAUUAAUUAUAAACAUGACUUUGACACCCGCUUCUAGUGCUACCCAAGCCAACGCUUCCAAGAUUCAUGCAAAUGAUCCUAGAGCUAGUCAUGGAAAUCCUGAUGGCAACUAGCAAUCUUCUCGUGACGCUGAAUGAUCUUUCAUUCCUGGCCAAGACUCUCAAUAUGCUCAAGAUGUUCGAUUCAACUAAUGCUGAAGUUAUAAACCCUAUUACACAAGCUGAUGCUAAAUAUGCAUAGUCCACAUACACAGACAAAGAGAGGCAACAAUUCAGAUGCUGCUGAGGCACAAAGCGCAACUGAUAAAGCUACACAAAGUGCCUCUCAACUAGAGGUAAUCAUGGUCCUGAUUCAAGUAGUGAAGAAGUCUAUACUGGUUUAAAAAAGAUGUAAUAUACAUGUUAUUUUUCUUUUCUUUAACGAAAAAAAUAUAUAUAUAUAUCAUAAUACUCAUGUUUUAUUAUUAUAAAGAAAUAUAUCUUAACCAGUUUAUAUUUGUAAUAAACAUACCUGAGAAAUUUAUACAGAAAAAUAAAAAGCUGCAUGUUUCCUGCUUAAAGGAUAUUUAUUUCCUGCAUUUUACAACUUCUACUGUGCUAUUUACAAGCAAUGUCGUGAGAAACCUUUUGUUUAUUGAUACAUAUUAUGAUUGAAGAAAAAAAAAGUAUAUAAAACGAAAGAAACGAAUCCCCUUCUUCUUCUUUUUAUUCUCUAUACAUA